AUGGUGAAUGUUUGGAAUUUCGACGGUUUAGGACUGUGCUUGAUGGGUUUUAGUGACGCCGAAGCUAUAAUUUUAGAGAUCGAUGACCAUACUAGGAUUACGACUUAUGUAAAGUUGCUUGAUUAUUUAGUGGUGACAAAACCCAUUAAGUCGAAAAACUAUAAACAAAUAGUUGAGUCAAUUUAUCUAUGA